UGGUGCUAUAGAUGGCACUCACAUACCGGUGGAAGUGAAUCAAGAAGCCAAAGCUGACUUCAUUAAUAGGGACGGAGAAGUUUCGAUUAAUGUUUGCGCCAUAGUGGACAUGCAUGGCCGAUUCACCUAUGUAGGAGCCGGGAAGGCGGGUGCAUGUCAUGAUAUGGCGGUUCUCCAAGAUUGUCAGGCGGAUCAAAGAUUCCCGCAUCCACCACCAGGCCGAUACUACCUGGCGGACUCGGGUUAUAUGGAGCAGCAAGGGUAUAUGACUCCUUUUCGGGAUACAAGGUACCAUAGGUCACAUUUUAGGGGAGUUGAUGUUCGCACAUUAGAUCGUCACAAGAAAUUUAACUACAUUCACUCCAAGCUGCGCAAUAUCAUUGAACAGAGGUUUGGGCAUUUGAAAGAGCGGUGGCAUAUCCUGGAAGGGGUUCCAUUCUUCACGAGGGAAAAGCAAGCAUGGAUUAUCAUAUCAUGCUUUGCAAUGGAGAAUUAUCUGUGGCUGCGUCAAUAUGGAGAUGGUUCAACUUACGAUCCAUCGGAGUGGGUGGCGAUGAAUACUACAACUAAUACCUCAGAACUGAGGGAGUUAGUUUCUGCUGCUGUGUGGCCGGCAUGAUUCGUAAUUUGUUGCUAGUGAAUGGACUCUGAAUUUGGUGUUAUUAUGUGAACAACUAGAAUUGACUUGUGGUUUGGCGCCAUGUAUGGAACUGAUGUUGAUUGGGGAUUUUUUUAAUUCUUAAUGUUGAUCAGUUAAUUGUUAAUUUUGAAUGGUCGAACUAGUAGUUUGAUGGUCCGAAUGCUAUGUGUAAUUAACCAGUAUUUGAAUG